AUGCCAAGGUUCGACCCAUUUCGAUGCAGUGCCUGUACAGUUUUGAGAAGACAGUGUACCCCAUUGUGCAUCCUUGUUCCUUAUUUUUGUCAUGAGAAAGGAUCCACUUAUUUUGCUGCCAUCCAUCGCAUUUUUGAUUCUAGAAAUGCCUCAAUCCUCCUAGCCCAUCUUCCGGUAAGUGACCGGCUUGGAGCUGCUAUAACACUCUUAUUUGAAGCUCAAGCCCUGCUUCAGGAUCCCGUCUAUGGUUGUGUGUCUCAUAUUCUUGCACUUCAACAACAUGUUAGUGAUCUACAAGCUUAUCAAGCUCUAUUGCAGGAUUCACUAUUCGUACACUAUUUUGCAGAUUCUCAACCUGUUCCACAACCUGAUACAAACCCAAACUGGAGCCCUGAUCUUUCCAUUAUUCUAGAAAAUGCCUCGCUCCCUAGUUUUCUCGAUGCCACUUCUUUACCUUACCCUGAUGACACUAGUAGUAGCCAGAUGUCGCUCCGGGAUGACAUUGAUGAGCUCAGACCUGUCGUGUUCAGCAACCAUCGUCGACACUAA